ACUGCAGGAGCCGUGCUGUUCCUUCCAAUGGAUCUUUUCUUCUUCUUCCUCCUCAUCUUUGAUGUGGCCAGAUGUGAAGAGGAGGAUGCUAUUCCGGAGCUCGGCUCCCAGGAGGAGCAUCUCAGCACCUUGCCGAGGUCGAAAGCAGCCUUGGUCUAUUUUCGGAAGGACACAUCUCCGUCGGCUGAGAUUUUCUUGGAACAGCUAGAAAACUCCGUCGAAGCCCUCCGAGAUUACGGAAUUUCAGUCUUAAAGGUGAACUGCCACAAAGAAGGGGAAGCCUCACGUUACUGUAGAGAAGACAAUUCGAUAGGGAAAGCGUACCUGUUCAGGGGCCACGUGCUGCUUCGGGAGCUGCCUACGGAUGCCUUGUUCAGCGUGGAUGCCAUUGUGGCCAAUGUCCUCUUCGCCCUCCUCUUCAACGAAGUCAAGUAUCUGCGGACCCUGGAAGACCUCCAGAAGCUGGAAGGCUCCUUAAAGGGCCAGUCAGAUCUGGUGUUUGCUUAUGUCCAAGCAAUUGGGACGGCAGAACACAGAGUUGUGAUGGAGGCAGCUUUUGUCUAUGGUUCGUUCAAGUUUGCCUUAACCACCGAAGUGGCCCUUCUGAGGAGCAUCCGCAGUGGAGAGCCCGAAGUCCCCUCUUCGCAGCUCUUUUUCUGCCAUUGUGCCGUGCAAACGGAUCCCUCCCAGCCGUGCCGAAGGACCCGGAUGGAGUGGCCGCUGACGACGUUAACCGUCCACAAGUUCCUGAAGCUGAUGCGGGAACCCCUCGUGGUGGAAGUCACUGGAGACCCCCAAAAGGUUUCAACGCCUUCCUUGCAGUUGGGCCUCCCUCUGGUCUUCAUUCUGACCCACAAAGAGACUUUGGAAGCUGACCGGAGGACGGCCGAGUCGCUGGCCUGGAGGCUCUUGGGCAGAGCUGGUGUUCUCCUUUUGCCACGGAGUUCUGCUGGUCCGGACGUUCUUCCCCAGCAUAACGUGGCCAUCAGGACGGCUGAAGAGGGCAUCCCUAUUCAGUACCUGGUUUUGAAAGACAUAGACGAGAUUGUCGCCUUGGUGGAAGGGGAUACGAAACCGUUGGAGGAAGAGGAGGAGUACGAAGAGGAGUACGAAGAUGAAGAGUAUGCGGAACAAGAGAUCGAGGAUGAUCAAGUGGUGGAAUCCAUCAUCAGAGACCGGAAAAACCAACUCUCCUUCGAAAACAUCCAGACUUUGACGGAGGAAUCCUUUGGCUCCAUGCUCACAAAGGCCAAACCCAUUGCAGUGCUUUUUUAUGCCAGCUGGGAUGCUGUUUCCCUGGUUGUAAUGCAGACCUACGUUGAGGUGGCAGCUCAGCUGAAAGGAUCUUCCGAUAUCUCUCUUGCGAGGGUCAACUGUUGGGAUUGGCCGCACGUUUGCGCGCAGCAGAAUGCCACCCAAUUCCCUACCCUCAAGGUGUUUACAAAAGAACAGAGGUGGAUGACGUAUUCAGGGAUGUGGGGGACCCUGGAGAUGCGCAGAUUCAUAGAGCUAAGCGAAAUCCCUUGUCCAAUGAGGCUGAUGUCUCCAAAGGAAGUGGAAGAAUAUUUAAGCUUCAAGCUCCUGCCGUACCAUCAUGCUGCCGUCUUGGGACUGUUUGAUCCAAGUAUGACACAAGCGAGAGAGGCCUUCGUUGAAGCUGCCAAAGUGCUGGAAGGAACCGUCAUCAUUGGGAUCUACUAUGAAGAAGAUGCUGCCACUCUCUCCCAGAAAUAUGCCGUCCCUCUUCCAGCGCUGCUCUUUGCUAAUCCUGAAACUCAGAAGCAGGUCUUUGUUCACCUCUCCAGUGAUGAGACCCAAGACAUUGUCCAAUCUAUCCGCCAUGUUCUUCUGGAAACAUUUCCAGAAAUAUCUGUGAGAAACCUGCCAGAGCUUUUCCAGCUAGAGAAACCCUUGCUCAUCAUGUUCAGCGAUGGGGCAUUGAGCGAAAGGGACGAAGCGGAAAUGAGGCGUUUGGCUGAAGAAGAGAUGGACGAAUCCUUUGUGACCUGCUGGCUGAACCUUAAGAACACACCUGUCGGUCGAGGAAUAUUGAGGGCCUAUUUUGGAAGCUCCAUCCCUCCUCUUCCGCUCCUCCUCUGGAUCAAUCUCCAUUCCGGGGGCCAAGUGUUCGCCUUCCCAUCCGAUCGAUCCCUUUCGGUAGCCAGUGUCCAAACGUGGAUCAAGGAGCUGAAGGCCGGCCAGGAAAUCCCAAGCGCUGUGCUGUCUGAAGAAGACUGGAAGCCCCGCCUCCCCGCCUACGACUUCCUGAGCAAGAUGGGACCCGCGCUGCCCGAAUUCACCAUUUACAGCGGGAGGACGACUGUAGGCAACGUCCCAGGAGAGGUGGACGUCCUAGGAGACAAAAAGGAAGGAGUGAAGAAGGAGUCCAUGGAAGGAGGAGCUCCGGAGGCCGAAGGGGAGAAGAGGCUGCUGUCCAGGGGUGACCUCCGAGGGACGGUCCCACGCCUGGCCUCCCGGGAGAAGCCCCCCAAGCGCCACACAGAGCUAUGAUCCUCACUUAUUUUUUUGUCGUGUCAGAGCAGCCAGUCCAUUAUAUUACAUUUCUAACAGAACAAAGCAAACAAACAGAAAAAUACACAACUUGUGAGUUUGGUAGCUGGUUAAAUGUCCUUUGACCAGUAUCUGGCCACUUGGAGUGCUUCCGGUGUUGCUGCAAGAAGGUCCUCCCUUGUGCAUGUGGCAGGGCUCAGGUUGCAUUGCAGCAGGUGGUCAGUGGUUUGUUCUUCUCCACACUCGCAUGUCGAGGAUUCUACUUUGUGGCCCCAUUUCUGAAGGUUGGCUCUGCAUCUCGUGGUGCCAGAGCGCAGUCUGUUCAGCGCCUUCCAAGUCGCCCAGUCUUCUGUGUGCCCAGGAGGGAGUCUCUCAUUUGGUA